AUGUCAUCAAUGUCUUUAGUAGGAAAACCAACUGAUAAUGUUAACACGAAUUAUUUGUGUAGUAAUGAUAAAGUGAUACAUUACUUACAAAAUUCAACAUGCAGUUCAACAAAGAACAAUUCUUUAUCUAUGCUGAAAAGAUCGCCAUCAAGUAACUUUCCUCUUCUACAACCUCGUUUACGCUAUUGCUCAGAAAAUGAUUCAAUUUCAUCAUCGUUAUCAUCUGUUGUUGAUUCGUCAGGAAGAUCCGAUUAUAGUUUUGAAUCGAAUUCAUCCGAUCCAGUAGCACAUUGUAGCUUAACUACUUCAAAUAUAUGUUCAGAAGAAGAUAUUGAUUUUAAUAUCGGAUUUGAUCAAAUCAGUGAUGAUGAUGAUGAUGAUGAUGAUGAUAAUGAUUAUGCUGAAUUUAAUUAUUAUAUCCAUAAUCAGAAACCGUCUGAUACAAUUGAAUUAAUCGAGUCAUCUGUAGACAAUGGACGUUUUAAGUCAUUAGAAGAUUUUCUUCAUCGAUCUUCUAAUUCAACUAUUACUAAUUAUAAUGUUGAAUCUAAUCAUAAUGAUACAAAAGUAUCAAAUCCUAUAAGACAGCAAAAUAAUGGAUUGCUGUAUGGUUCAACAUUUACAUUAUGUUCACAAGAUCCAUUUUCAGCUUAUACAGACCAUCACGAAAAUGAUCAAGACAAUGAACAAGUAACUGGAUUUGGUAUGCGUUCACAUUCAUUGAGUAUUAUUCAGCUUGAUGGAAAAUCAACUUUUGUUGAAAAAGCACCGAAGAAAGCUGUUCGUUUUGCAGACACAUUGGGUCUCGAUCUCGAAUCUAUUCGGUAUAUGAGCCCACCAGAUCAAUCGCAAGUACCACCUAUGCAAGAAUGUCUUCGCCUUCAAUUAGGUCAAUUGCGUCUUGAACAAAACCAACUAGGUAUACCUAAUAUGUAUAAAUCUUCGCCAUCAUCAUCAUUGUGUUCAUCAGGAAAACAAUAUAAUCUUGUUUCAAAACAAUUUACGUCUCCAACCAAUAUAAUUCCAUUAAUCUACGAAAAACAAGUUAUGCUUGAAUGUUUAUAUACAAAAGACUCGACUGCAUAUGGUACAGUUCGUGUUCACAAUUGUAGUUAUGAGAAAUUUGUAUAUAUUCGUUUAACUGAAAAUGAAUGGCAAACAUCUAAUGAUAUUGUGGCAUCACAUUCAAUGAAUUUUCCAGUUGAUAAUACGGAUUCAUUUACAUUUCAAAUAGUUCUAUCGAAAUCGAAUGAUGGUGCAGUGGAACCAAAAAGAAUUUUAUUUGCUAUCUGUUUAAAAUCUAUGUCGCGAGAAUUUUGGGAUAAUAAUCAAGGAUGGAAUUAUGUUUUGGAUGUUUUCGAAAGGUAA